AUGGCCGACAAGCGGCGGUCCUCGCCCUGCAGCACCAUGAGCCUCAAGGCUCACGCCUUCUCCGUGGAGGCGCUCAUCGGCGCCGAGAAGCAGCAGCAGCCGCCGCAGCCGCCGCCUCCGCCGGCGCGGCAGCCCAAGCGGCGCAAACUGGGCGCCGAGGACGACGCGGCCGAGGACGACGCGGGCAGCGGCUGCUGCGCCAGGAGCUCCGCGGCCGGGAGCGACGCGGAGCCGGGCUGCGCCGCCCGCGGAGCCGCCGGUGAGUGCGAGGACGGCGCCGGCGGCGCCUCCCCGCCCGCCUCGCCGGGCGCCCCGGCCAAGGGCUCCGCGGGGGAGCCGCCGCUGGCCGCGCCGCGCGUGGACCUGCAGGGCGCCGAGCUCUGGAAGCGCUUCCACGAGAUCGGCACCGAGAUGAUCAUCACCAAGGCGGGCAGGCGGAUGUUUCCCGCAAUGAGAGUGAAGAUCUCAGGUUUAGACCCACACCAGCAGUAUUAUAUUGCUAUGGAUAUUGUGCCAGUGGAUAACAAAAGAUACAGGUACGUCUACCACAGCUCCAAGUGGAUGGUGGCUGGCAACGCAGACUCGCCGGUGCCGCCGCGCGUCUACAUCCACCCCGACUCGCCGGCCUCAGGCGAGACGUGGAUGAGGCAGGUGAUCAGCUUCGACAAGCUCAAGCUCACCAACAACGAGCUCGAUGACCAGGGGCACAUUAUCCUGCACUCCAUGCAUAAGUAUCAGCCUCGUGUCCACGUCAUCCGCAAGGAUUGUGGAGACGACCUGUCGCCCGUCAAGCCCAUACCUUCGGCAGAAGGGGUCAAGGCAUUCUCCUUUCCAGAGACAGUUUUCACUACCGUCACGGCGUACCAAAACCAGCAGAUAACUCGUCUGAAGAUUGACAGAAAUCCAUUUGCCAAAGGAUUUAGGGAUUCAGGACGUAACAGGAUGGGACUGGAAGCUUUGGUAGAAUCUUAUGCCUUCUGGAGACCUUCGCUGAGGACACUUACAUUUGAAGAUAUACCUGGGAUACCCAAACAAGGAAACACAGGUUCCUCUACUUUACUCCAGGGAUCUGGCAGUGGAGUGCCAUCUACCCACCCGCACCUCCUACCAGGUUCCCCGUGCUCAUCUCCAGCCUUCCAUCUCAGCCCCAACACCAGCCAACUCUGCAGUCUCGCUCCCGCCGACUACUCAGCUUGUGCCCGCUCGGGCUUGACCCUCAACAGAUACAGCACUUCUUUGGCCGAGACCUACAACCGGCUCACAAACCAAACCAGUGAAACAUUUGCGCCCCCACGGACUCCCUCUUACGUCGGCGUGUCGAGUAGCACAACUGUGAAUAUGUCCAUGAGUGGCAGCGACGGGGAUGCUUUCAGCUGCCCGCAAACUGGCAUUUCCAUGCAGAUUUCAGGGAUGUCUCCACAGCUCCAGUACAUCAUGCCAUCCCCAUCCAGCAAUGCCUUCACCACUAAUCAAAGCCACCAAGGCUCCUACAACACAUUCAGACUGCACAGUCCCUGUGCGCUGUAUGGAUAUAACUUUUCCACAUCCCCUAAACUGGCUGCCAGUCCUGAGAAAAUUGUUUCUUCCCAAGGAAGUUUCUUGGGGUCCUCGCCAAGUGGAACCAUGACGGAUCGGCAGAUGUUGCCCCCCGUGGAAGGAGUGCACUUACUUAGCAGUGGGGGGCAGCAGAAUUUCUUUGACUCUAGGACCCUAGGAAGCUUAACACUCUCGUCUUCUCAAGUGUCUGCACAUAUGGUUUGAUGAAGCCUUUAAGUAAAAGUACAGUAUGUUUGAUGUCUACAAUGUAUUUCUUUUGGAAUAUGAAAGGACACUCGAUGUAGCUUGUAAAGCGUGUGUAUAUAUAAUAUGAGAGG